AUGGUUAUUCAAGGGAAUCUGGCGAUAGUGCGGCUACUAGUAGACCAUGGAGCGGACGUUAACGCAAAGGAUAAUUAUGGAGUGACGGCGCUGAGCUAUGCAGCUUGCGACGAAAAUCACGCGUUAAUACGGCUAUUAGUAGACAUUGGAGCAGACCUUGAGGCGAAGGAAAAGAUUGGGUCGACGGUGCCACACCAGGCAACCUCAGCUUGGGAAAUGGACAAGGCAGCGGUGCAGCUACUAGUAGACCUUGGAGCAGACCUUGAGGCAACGGAUAACUAUGGGAACACAGUGCUGCACUUAGCAGUCUUAUCUAAGAAAGUGCACAAGGCAGUGGUGCAGCUACUGGUUAACCUUGGAGCAGACCUUGAGGCGAAAGACAAUGAUGGGAAUACAGUGCUGCACCGGGUAGUCUUUUCUUUAGGCCGAGACCGAGUUAAGGCAGUAGUUCAGCUGCUAAUAGAUCGUGGAGCAGACCUUGCGACAAAAAACAACAACGGGGAGACAUUGCUGCACUCGGCAAAAGCGUGUGGACAAAGUAAGGAGGUAAUACAGUUGCUAGGAGGCAUAGAAGCGGACGUUGAGGCGAAGAACAAAUAUCGGAAGAAGGUGCUCAAAACAAUGCCUUGGAACAACUGGAGACUUAAGUAA